AUAUUUAAUGACAAACAAUUAUUUUUUUUUAAGUUUCCGUUGUCGUGUUAAAGUAAUCGUUUUAAAACAGUUAUUUUCUAGUAAAUAGUUUACUAUUUUUCACGUUUAUGGACAUAUUUUUAGCCAUAAGGUAUUAUACACACCAAGUACUACGGGUACAUUAACACGAUUUAUAAAAACAAACAAUAUAAGCUCCUCGCCUUAAACUUAAUCAAAAUUCCGGAUUCAAGUGACCUACAUAUUGUACCAGUUCCUAUUUGAUGGUUAACUAAACCAUGUAAGGUAUUACAAUUACUGGGUCAUUCAAAUAUCAUACCAAAGACGACUAAUACUGGUGAUUUAAGCUAAUAGAAGCGUGGCAAGAUCAUAUUCUUUAUUUCGAUGGGUUGAGAAGAAUAACUGCUAGUUUCCAGAGCCUGGCAAUCCUAUAUUCAUAGACGGUUCAAAGGCCGAAGGAGACACUUAUUGGAUAAUUAUUUUAUAACAAAAAAAAUUGACUUUUAUCAAUUGGACUGUGAAAGUGACGAUAAUGUUGAAAGUUGUUGGAGCAUCAUGGGCUCAAACAAAGUUAUCAUGGUGUUUGAUAGUCACAAUAACUUUGUUAGGACUUUUGUCAUUCUAUUUUGGAGACUCUAUCACGGACGAAAACGAUGGAAAAUAUGCCGCUACAGUAUUCUGGAGCAAAGAAAGUGGAUUGCGUAUUAGUUUUUGGGGUCAAAACAAUGAUCCAUCGAGUAUCCGAAAGGGCGCUGCCAGAGCUUAUUACAGUCCGGAUGUAUUUAAGAAUGGAUGGGCCGAUUUAGAAAUUGAAACUCAAGAGGAAUAUCCAGACUCAGUGCAAGCAAUGGCAGCCGGGUUUUUAGAGGGUAGCUUAUCAUGGCAGAUGAUUCAUUGGCAUUGGAAAAAUACUGUAGAAAAUACUUGUGUUGGAAGAAAACGUUACUGUGAAAAGAUGAGAAAGUUUUUAGAAGAAAAUUCUAAAGAGGUUAAAAGAUUGGCAGAUAAACACGAUAACGAUCCAUUUUGGCACCAUGUUAACUUAUUCUACAUUCAACUUAAAAACCUUGAAGAAGGUUGGCGAUUUGGAGUGAAGAGAAGUCGACAAGACAUUGAUAUACCUUCCAUUGAUUUCUUAUGGAUGAAUAUUAUGCCAGAUUUGAAAGAUUUUGAGAGAAAAUUUAAUAGUUCGAAAGAUUUGAACCCAGAUAGGCCCAGUUUGUCUGUUGCACUGUUGAAAGUUAUUAAUUAUAAGCCGUUUGACUAUGUUUUAGGUACAUCAUCAUCGGGAUACUACGGAUCUAUGCUACGCAUUAAAAAACGAUAUAAUUUCGCUUAUCAUAUCGACGAUAACUCUGAUAGCGAGGUCGUCAAUGGUAGAAACAUAGAGUUCACAUCAUAUCCAGGAUCUAUAUUUUCACAAGACGAUUUUUACAAGAUAACUAGAGAAGACCCAGGUUCACAAACUACAAUAGUAGGCACACAGAUACAAAAUCAUAACAGGCUACUUUGGGAUAAGAUUAUGAAACUGGAACAAGUGUUGUUGGGACCUCGGGUGAUGGCAGCAAACCGGUUAGCUGUGGAUGGAAAAAGUUGGGGAGAAAUAUUUACUAGAAAAAACAGUGGUACAGGUAACAAGCAGUGGUUGGUCCUUAACACAGAUAAUUCGUCAAUAGAUUUUCAAGUUUUUGAACAAUUACCAGAUUACGAUUGCUCUGGAGACGUAACUCAGGAAAUUUUAUUUAAUGGAUACUGGGUUAGCAGUAGCUAUCCUUACCAUAAAGAUUGUAUUCGACUCAGUAAUAACGAUAAAGAGUAUGUAAAAUCUGAUUCAGCCGAAAACUUACGACCAGACCAUCCAAUAGCAAACGUAUUACACGAAGGUCAACAAAACGUCACCGAUGUACAGUCAAUGGUAGAUUUGAUGCGUGGGCCAGAUUUGUCAUUGAUUAGUAGAAGUGAUCUAUUGGGUAUCAAGACAAAUACAAUGUUCCGACACUUUUGGAAUCAGUCGAUGGUCCGACAGUGGAUGAAUGAAAGUGGUAAACAGCGGAGGCCAGAUGCUAAGACACGACUGAGGCAUGAUCGUACUACAAUUAUCAUUGAUAAGCUUCCGGCUACAGCUGUGAUCGACGAACGACUGGACAUUGAUAGGAAUUACGAAGGUAUUGUAGACUUAAAAGUGACAACAAUACGGAUGGAAGGAUUUUUAGCAGCUGCUGGACCGCCUUUUACCGCAGACCGUUCCAAAGUUCAACCGUUUCAAUGGUCCGAUAGUUCCAUUCGACAUUUACCGCAUAACGGACAUCCAGAUGUUUGGGACUUUGAUUUGGUGGAAACUCAAUGGGUUUGGUGAACAAAACAUAAUUCUCAUCAUUUUUUAGUUUAAUUUUAAUAGCUUAAUACUUAAUGAACCAAACUCAGUUAUACUUUUAAAUUAUUAAUUUUUUUAUUAUUGUGUUGUAUUUUAAAUUAUUAUUUGACCGAAAUAAAUGUAUAUGCGAUUUU